UUAUUUACUGAACAAAUGAAUGAGUUCUUCUGUCCCAUGAUUGCCACAUUUUGUUCCCCACUAAGUUCUUACUAGUGCUGCAAAGAAUAUAGUCCUAUACCCUAUUGCUUAUCCUGGAGAGAUUUGGUUUGGGUAUCUGGAUUAUUCAGCCUCAGAUUAUGCCAUACUAACCUCUCUGAGUUUCCCAUCCAUCACUUAUGAAAUGGAGCUAAUCUCAAGGAUUAAAUAAAAUAAUAUAAUUAAUGUGUCAGGCAUAAUGCCUGAAUCAUAGUGCACAUUCAAUAGAUAGUCGCAGCUAUUAACAUCAAUCUUCUAUAUAUAUAUAAAAGGCUAAUAUGCAAAGUGUCCCCUUGGGAGUUCAAUCACUCGCUAUGACGUGCGCUGACCACCAGGAGGUAGCGCAGAGCAAAGGAAGGCCUCAGCCGGCAACUGGGGAAGGAAGGCCCCGGCCGGCAGCUGGAAGGCCCCGAUCGGUCAUGAUCGCCAGCCAAGCUUAGGGACUCUACCCGUGCACGAAUUUUGUGCACUGGGCCUCUAGUUAAUAAUGAUGAAACAUCAGGAAUGGUGGUGUGAGAGAUCCUCUCCUCUUGAAAUUACAACAAGUUAACUAGCUAUAAUUCAACAAAGAAGUCUCUGCUCAAUACAGAGGCAUGCCUGAGAAACUCCUAUAUUGAAACAUCUAAAGAUGGGUAACCAGGAAUAAACAGGGAGAUGAGAAGGGAGAAAAAUGUUCACAGCCCACAGACAUAGCCCUGUAGCUGGUGUGGAGAAGGGAGGAAGCUGGCACUGGGAGGCACUUUCUUCAGCCGGGAGGAACAGAGAACAUUGUGGGGCAGUACAGCAGGGUGAACAGUGUCUAAGUCAGCAGAUACCUGAUAGAGCACAGGGUUGUUCCAUGCAGUUCUCCACAGUUGGUGCAAACUGUGGUGCUUCAGACAAAGAAACAGAACCACAGAGCCCUGGCACUUGUUGGACUCCCCAAAUUCGCCUCUGGUUGCUCUUGGAGUUGGUGCGAGGAGCAUAUUAUCUGUAAACCAAGAACAAUUAUGGUAGAACUGCUGUUUCCUUCUGUGACAGAUCCCCAGGUGGGGAGCUUGAGGUGGGAUUCCCAUGGAGGUCAGGGGUCACCAAUACAGUGAGUGCAAAACCAACCCCACCCCAACAGCACAGCUGUACUGUCUUACGAAAGCCAUGGAGGUCAAGACUAGGAGAUUACAGAACUAAAAAAUUUUGUGAUGCAGCACCAUCUACUGGAAAAUAGUAGAAAGACCUCUACAAAGGAAGCUGGUAUAUAAAUGCCUAGGCAAAGGAAAACAGCAGAUACCAUGAAUAGCCAUAGUAAUGAGGAUGAUCAGAAAGGAAAUGGAAAAUCCCUAGUAAGUCAACUGGAACACAUGGAAAUAUGUGAUAUAAAUGACAGAUUUCAAGAUUGCAUUUCUGAAAAUACUCAACAAAAUGUGAGAAAAUACAGAUAGGCAAUUAAAUGCACCCAGAAAAAAGAAAAUGAACAAAACAAGUACUUUACCAAUGAAAUUGAAAUUUUAAAAAAGAACCAAUCAUGCCCAGCCAGCAUGGGUCAGUGGUUGAACAUCAGCCUUUGAACCAGGAGGUCAGGGUUCGAUUCCUGGUCAAGACACAUGCCCAGAGAGCAACAGGAACUAAGAGGAGCUCAAACCGUUAUAGUCUCGCCUUCAGAACUUUCAGAAAACAUCACAGCCCUGCCAAUACCUUGAUUUGAGCCCAGAAAAACGUCCAGCCCACAGAACAGUCAAACUUCAAGUGAAGGCCAGUCUUCGAGCGACAGAGAUGCAAGAUGGCAGCCAGCACGGGCUUGGGAGUAAAAGUCCCUCGCAAUUUUUGACUGUUGGAAGAACUUGAAGAAGGCCAGAAAGGAGGAGGAUAUUGCACAAUUAGUUGGGGUGUAGAAGAUGAUGAAGACAUGACACAAGAUUGACAGGGAUGAUAAUUGGGCCUCUAAAGACAGUUUAUGAAAACCGAAUGUACAGCCUUAAAAUAGAAUGUGGACCUAAAUACCCUAAAGUACCCCCUGUUGUAAGAUUUGUAACAAAAAUUAAUAUGAAUGGAGUUAAUAGUUCUAAUGGAGUGGUGGACCCAAGGGCCAUAUUAGUGCUAGAGAAAUGGCAUCGUCCAUAUAGUAUCAAACAUGUCCUGCACGAGCUUUGGCACCUAAUGAUGUUUAGUGAAAAUAUGUCACUCCCUCAGCCACCUAAAGGACAGUGUUACAGCAACUAAUCAAAAAGAAAACCACAGGCCCACCCCUCCCCGAUUCGAUUUAAGCAGUCUUCAAUUUCCACAGUAGUAACUUUUCUAGAUACAUCUUGUAGACAUCAAAGUACUGGAAAGGAAGCUCCUAUUCAAAGGCAGUUUAUCUUAAGAUACUGUAAGUGAUACUAAUUUUUUGUCCGUUUGAAAUAUAUAAGUUGUGCUAUAAUAAAAUAAAAUAAAAAAAAGAAAAAGAGACACAUGCCCAGGUUGUGGGGCUCAGUCCCCAGUGUGGGGCAUGCAGAAGGCAGCCAAUCAAUGACUCUCUCAUCAUUGAUGUUUCUAUCCCUCUCUCUCCAUUCCUUUGUGAAAUCAAUAAAAAUAUAUUUACAGAAAACACACACACAAUCAGAAACCCUGGAAAUGAAACAUGCAAUUAAAGAGAUUAAAAAGUGAACCGUGUAAAGAAAACAGCCAACAAGAUGGAGAGAAGAAUUAGUGAUAUCGAAGAUAGCCACCUAAAAAUGGUGCAGAGGGAAGAAGAGAGAGACCCGAGCAUAAAGAAAAAUGAAAGAGUUCCACAAGAACUAUCAGAAAAAGCAAUAUUAGAAUUAUAGGCAUUGCAGAGGAAGAAGAGUAAGCAGGGAACAGAGAGUCUAUUCAAACAAAUAGUGGAUGAGAACUUCCCAAACAUAUGGAAAAAACUAGGUCCUCAAAUCCAAGAAACAAAAAAGAACACCUAGUUACCUCAAUCCAAAGAGGCCCUUUUCAAGGCACUUGGUAUUGAAACUCAAACGUUGAUGACAAAGAAGUUCUCAAAGCAGUCAGGGAAAAAAAGGAAGUGACCUGCAAAGAAAAACGCACCAGAAUUUCAUCUAACUUCUCAGCAGAAAAUCUGCAAGCCAGAAGAGAGUGGAACCAAAUAUUCAAACAUUUGAAAGAGAAAUUACCAGCCACGAAUAAUAUACCCAGAAAAAUUAUUCUUUGUAUAUGAAGGAGAAAUAAAGAUGUUCCCAGACAUACAGAAGCUGAGGGAUUUUAACACCAGAAAACCUCCAUUGCAGGAAACACUCAAAGGGGUUAUUCUACCUGAAACAAAGAACAUAAGGUCACAAUACUAAGAAUAAGAUCACCAAAAACUUACAGUAUAAACAGGGAUAAUUUGUGACAACAAAAACAUAAAAGGUCUGAACUAGCAAAGGAAGAUGAAGAUGACAUGCACUCAAAAGAAAAAACUACACUAUAUAUGUAACUUCAUUUUUUACAAGUUUCAAUAAAGGAGCCAGAAACACACAAUGGACUAAAUAUAGUCUCUUCAAUAAUUGGUGUUGGGAAAACUGGAAAACCACAUGCAAAUGAAUGAAGCUGGAUUACAAUUUGUCUCCAUGUAUAAAAUUAACUCAAAAUGGAUCAUAGACCUAAAUAUAAAAUCUGAAACAAUAAUUUACAUAGAAGAAACUAUAGGUACCAAACUUAUGGACCUUAGUUGUAGAGAAUAUUUUAUGAACUUGACUCCAAAGGCAAGGGAAGUAAAGACAAAAAUAAAUGAAUGGGACCAUAUCAAACUAAAAGGCUUCUGCACGACAAAAGAAACUGAAAACAAAACAAAGAGGCAGUUAACCAGAUGGAGAUGAUAUUUGCAAACAGUUGCUCCGACAAAAGUUUAAUUUCCAAAAUAUAUAAAGAACUCAAAAUCAACACCAAACAACCCAAUCAAAAAAGUGGGCUGACGUCCUGAAAGCACACCUCUCCCAAGAAGACAUACAAACAGCCAAUAAAUAUAUGAAAAGAUGUUCAACCUCACUAGCAAUUAAGGAAAUGCAAAUCAAAACUACAAUGAGAUACCGUCUCACACCUGUUAGAAUGGUUAUUAUCAACAAGACAAGUAAUAGCAAGUGCUGCAGAGGUUGUAGAAAAAAGGGAACCCUCAUUCAUUACUGGUGGAAAUGUAGUCUGGUACAACCACUAUGGAAAGCAGUCUAGUGAUUGAUCAAAAAAGUAAGAAUUGAGCUACCAUUUGACCCACCAAUCCCUCUCCUAGGUAUAUACCAAAGAAACACAACAACCUGAAAAACAUGUAUUCACAAAGAUAUAUGUACCCCUAUAUUCAUUACAGCAUUAUUCAUAGUGGCCAAAACAUGUAAACAACCAAAGUGUCCUGCGAUAGAGGACUGGAUAAAGAAGAUGUGGUACAUAUACAAAAUGGAAUACUACUAAACCAUAAGAAAGGGUGAUAUAGCACCAUUUGCAACAACAUGGAUAGAACUUGAGAACAUUAUGCUAAGUGAAAUAAGUCAAAAAAAGCUAAGAAGCAUAUAAUUUCACUCAUGUGGGAUAUAAAACAAACUCAUGAACACAAAUAGCAGUGUGGUGGUUGCCAGAGGGAAGGGGGUGUUGGGAAAAGGGGUCCUAAUAUAUGGUGACAGGAGAAGAUUGAACUUUGGGUGCUGGGCACACUGCAAUAUAUAGAUCUUAUAGAAACCCACACCUGAAACCUAUAUGUUCAUGUUGACCAAUGUGACCCCAAGAAAUUUAAUUUUAAAAAACAAAAUGAGGAUGAUCAUUAUCAUCAUGAGAAGACAGGUUGAUCAGUGUCCACUGAAUGAAUUUUAAAAAGUGUGACCAUAAUAAGUUAUUUACUGUUAUUACUCUGUAAAUAUGGCUAAUAUGCUUAGUUACUAUGAUCUUUUCUCUGUAUCAGCUGUUCUAGGCCAACAUACUUAAUAUCCAGCAUUUGAUGCUGGCUAUUAGGCAUGGUCAUACAUGAACUUUAAUUUUAAGUCUUUGUAUGGACAUAUGUUUUCUUUUGAGUAAAUAUUUAGGAGUAAAAUGGUUGCAUGAUCAGUGUAUUCUCAACUUUUAAAGAAACUGAGAAACUAUUUUCCAAAGUGGUUGUACCAUUUUAUGUUCUCACUACUGGGAAUAUGACUCAUUCUUGAAAGAUGUCUUAAAUUUUCAAAACAAGUGAUUGAAAUAUUACAUGAUGGUAUUUAUAAGCUAAUAUUAUACUACCUUACUAAGAGUUUGUUGUGGGGAUUAAAUGAAUUAAUAUACGAAAAGCACUUAGUAAAGAGUAAGUUCUUAGUGUCCAUUAG